CGUCCACGCCUCCCUAUAAAAGAAAGCGCGGCCGCCAGGCUGCGACCGCGGCCCCUGGGUUCGGAGACAGCACCAGCACUGCGCGUCAUGGUGCAGGCCUGGUAUAUGGACGACGCCUCGGGCGACCCGCGGCAACCCCACCGCCCGGACCCCGGCCGCCCGGUGGGCCUGGAGCAGCUGCGGCGGCUCGGGGUGCUCUACUGGAAGCUGGAUGCUGACAAAUACGAGAAUGAUCCAGAAUUAGAAAAGAUCCGAAGAGAGAGGAACUACUCCUGGAUGGACAUCAUAACCAUAUGCAAAGAUAAACUACCAAAUUAUGAAGAAAAGAUUAAGAUGUUUUACGAGGAGCAUUUGCACUUGGACGAUGAGAUCCGCUACAUCCUGGAUGGCAGUGGGUACUUCGACGUGAGGGACAAGGAGGACAAGUGGAUCCGGAUCUUCAUGGAGAAGGGAGACAUGAUAACGCUCCCUGCAGGGAUCUAUCACCGCUUCACAGUGGACGAAAAGAACUACACGAAGGCCAUGCGGCUGUUUGUGGGAGAACCGGUGUGGACAGCGUACAACCGGCCCGCUGACCAUUUCGAAGCCCGCGGGCAGUACAUGAAAUUUCUGGCAGAGACGGCCUAGCAGUGCCUCAUAAAGGUCCCCAAUAUGAUGACUGCGCAGCAAAUCAAUCAUUUUCUCUUUGCUUUGCUCGAGGCUAGGUUAUCUUUCCUUUGUAAGAUUAUUUGAUCAGAAUAUUUUGUAUUGAAAGGAUCUAGAAAGCAAC